GUAUACUAUUUUAUAUUUACUAUAAAAAUAAAUACUUUCCUAUGCACAUGUUGGAAUAAAACGUCCAAUGAAAUACUUGAAUGUCCUCUAUGAUGUUCUCAAGCCUAUUUAUGAAAGCAGUCUUUCAGUUCCAUUUCUUACCCAUCUUAUUGUAUUAAGUGGGUCUUGUACUAAGAAGUGUCUAAAGAUGGCUGUCACAACAUUAAUGAGUCUUGCGAAGUAAUCUCCCUUUCUCUUUUCUUGCAGAGUAUAUACAAUACUUGAAUCUCCUCUACGAUGUUCUCAAGCCAAUUUAUGAAACCAGUCUUUCAGUUCCAUUUCUUACCCAUCUUAUUGUAUUAAGUGGGUCUUGUACUAAGAAGUGUCUAAAGAUGGCGGUCACAACAUUAAUUAGUCUUGCGAAGUAAUCCCCCUGUCUCUGUUCUUGCAGAGUAUAUCACCCCUAAGAACUGAUGAACUUUUUUUUUUUCUUUUUUUCCUCCCCUUUGAUCCUCUUUAACUCUUGCUAGGAGGCUUCUGUUUUUUUUUUUUCCCCUUUUAAGUAGUAUCAUUCAAAAAUUGUCUUUGCAACCCUUGAUGGAACAAUGAACAGAAUGCGCGAGCAAAGGUUGUGAAGAUAGGAAGCAUACCUCUUACUGGACUGUUUUACCAGUAGUAGGGGGUGGGUAUAACAGCAUUAUGCGAGAUGCAGUUGGCAAAAUAACAUUGCUUUAUCAUCUCGGGCUUGCUUUACUUAGGUAACACAUGCUACCACUUAUAAAAUAUGUGUAGUCAUUCAGAACAAACAAAAGAAUAGAGAAUACUAAUGGUGUAGUCUUGAUGUGACUUUGUUUAGGAACUUCACAUGGAUGUUAUCUAGGCCUGCCAACUUUACUCCUGUGUCUUUCCUCUUUGCCAUGUCAUCCAUGUAACUAUUACCGGAGCUCUGAGGAGUUUCAGACAGGAUGGAGAACUGCUGGAUCUUCCAUAAGGAUAUUUUUGCCAUAAAGACAUCUAAGAAGUCACCUCUUUUAUUGCGGAUGCUUCUAUUGAUCUUUGCGAUGAUAUGUGGAGUUUUCAUUUGCUUUGUCUGUUUAAAGCAGAUAAGCACACAUGUGAAGCCCAAGUAUCCCAUGCCAAAGAUUGUUAUGGUUGGAAAUCCUUGUCCAUAUAAUAGUAUUGAACCAGAAGAUAGUUUGUAUGUGCACUACCCAAAACCUACAACUUAUGGAAGGAGCGAAUGCCGGUGUACUCCUGUUCGUUUUUUCGCAAUCUUGUCCAUGCAAAGGUCUGGAAGUGGGUGGUUUGAAACAUUACUCAACAGCCACCCCAACAUCAGCUCCAAUGGAGAAAUAUUUUCUGUUAAAGAGAGACGAAGUAAUGUUUCAUCUGUUUUGAGGACAUUGGAUAAGGUUUACAAUCUAGAAUGGACUAGUAGUGCGGCCAAAAAUGAAUGUACAGCCGCAGUUGGUUUAAAGUGGAUGCUUAAUCAGGGUCUCAUGGAAUAUCACAAGGAAAUUGUUGAAUACUUCAACCGGAGGGGUGUUUCUGCAAUAUUUCUUUUUCGGAGGAAUCUCCUCCGUCGGUUGGUUUCUGUACUUGCAAAUGCUUAUGAUCGUGAUGCAAAGCAGCUGAAUGGCACACAUAAGUCCCAUGUGCACUCGAAACAAGAGGCAGAGGUGCUAGCAAAAUACAAGCCAACAAUCAACGGCUCACUAUUGAUAGCAAACCUGAAACACAUUGAAGAUAUCACUGCGGAUUCCCUGGAAUUCUUCAAGAGCACGCGCCAUACAAUUCUCUACUAUGAAGAUCUCAUCAACAAUCAAAAGAGGAUGAUGGAUGUUCAAGAGUUCCUUAGGGUGCCUCAUAGGGAUUUGCAGAGCCAUCAAGUCAAGAUUCACACCAGGCCGAUUUCUGAACUAGUGGAGAACUGGAAUGAAGUCUACAACACACUUAAGGGCACCCAGUAUGAAAUCUUUCUCAAUCAAUCAGACUACCCAUCUAAUUAAUAUCUUUCUUCACAGGAAUUAUGUAUGUAUUGAAGCUCUGAAUGUUGUAAAUACACGUCAUUCUUUAUUCUUAACCAGAGCACCAUCAUGAGUUCAUGACCGCUCGCCCUACCUCAUCUGUAAUUUUUCUGAGAAAAUUUUGACUGAUGCACCAGCAUCCCUAUGUUGUCUCCCUUGGAGCCUAAUUUAAAUCAAGUAGUUGUAAAAUGUUGCAACAUUUCAAUGAAAUCAGAGGUUACGUGGCACGGCUUUCUAGUGCUUAAA